AUCAUGACUUAAACGUCCAAUGUAUCAAAAUAACCAAAUUACAUGUAUUUGCUGCGACCGAACUAUCCAAAACUCAAAACAACUCUUCAAUUGGCAAUAUUCAAGGUAAAACUUCUUCAAAGAAAUAUAUCGGCACAAAAUGCGAAGACUAAAAGGGAAGUGGCAGAUCUAAUUCUCAAAGAAAAAAUCCAUAGGGCCAAAUUCAAAGUAGAGUUAAUUAUAAGUGAGAGUUAUUAUAUAGAUGUAUUAGAAAAUGUUGAGAUAUACUGUAAUCUAUUAUUAGAACAAUUCCAUCUUAUUUCCGAACAGAAAGAAAUAGACGAUUUACUUAAAGAAGCAAUUUCUACUAUUAUUUGGGUAUCCUCACGCCUAAGCCAAGACGUACAAGAAUUAACAGUGAUAUCAAAUAUUUUAUGUGGAAAGUACGGUCCGAAUUUCGCAAAAGAUUGCAAAGAAGGCCACCACGAAGCUAUAAACAGCAAUAUAAAACGAAAACUGGGUGUAUCGAUUCCAUCGAAAUUACUUAUCGAAAAUUACAUGGCUGAAAUUGCGAGAAAUUACAACAUAUCGUAUAUUCCAGAUCCUACAGUUACGGGAACAGAAUCAGAAGAAGAGAUCGUAUUACCCGAUACUCAGCCGAGGCAAUUCGAUUUUUCAAUAAAGAGAGGAAGUGACUUCAGUAAUACCUAUCCUUCAACAAGUUCACCGUUUUCUUCUUAUUUGCUUCCAGAAGAAGAAGUAGAAGAAGGACGUACUUCAUUGGAUCAUGAUGUACCUGUCCCCAAUAACCUACAAGAAAAUCAUGAACAUAUAAUAACAUCAGAUUUGACAUCAGAUGUCGAACACAGCCUUUCCACAGAACCAAAAAAUUUACCAAGAAAUAAAGAAAAACAACAAAACAAAGAUUUACCUUCAGCAAAACAAUGUCAUUUACCACAAGUACCUACUGAACAACCGAAUGAUCCUUUGGAAGGUAAGUCAUUAUCUACAGAAAUUUACGGAAUAACAAACGUUCCAAAGGAGCAAGACUGUGGACUGCCCAAAUUGUCACCAGUAACUGUUAAAAGACCACGUAGUUUAUCAGCUGAUGACCUAUUAACGACGUUUAAGCACACUGAUAAAGAAAAAGACAGUCUUACACCAAAGCGAGAUACAGGACGUGAGACACAAGACAAGAAUAAGGAUAUAAUUCAUCAAAAAACAACUAAUCAAAAUCUAUUAAAAACAGACACAUCUAACGGAUUACAUUUUAUAAAUAAUAAUGAAACGUCCAAGAGCUCAGAAAAACAUAUCGAUAUGUCCCUAUUACAGUUACAGCAAUUAACUACAUCAACAGUCUCUAGUAAUACCAAUACCAUUUUUCCACCACUGUCUUUAACCAAACAAUCCCUUAAGCUAUCUAUGAGUACGUCUAAUAUAUUCCAACCAUGUUCAAAUAUAUUUGAAUCCGUUAAAGAGUCAGAAAUGUACGGAACGACACAUGUAAAAGCCAUAAAAAGCAAGUUGAACGAUGAUAAUUUAACACACAUUCUCAACAUUUAUAAUCAAAAAAUGGAUGUCCUAGAGCUACCAUGUACGUCCAAAGAUACAUCUCUACUGUUAAUACAAAAUAUUUCCAAUGAAGACUCUGGAACUUUCCAAAAACUGAGAGAGGAUGUUGACAUAUCCCUUCCUUCAACAUCUGCGUAUCUGCUAGACGAUUCCCUCGACAAAAUGAUCAAUUUACCAGAUGUACCUGAUGAUGAAAUAUACAUUUUUCCACAAUUGCCCUCAGUACCAGAUGUUGACACUAAUAAGCUUGACAAUAAUAAAGAUAUAGGUUUUGAUGAGCUUUGUAAAAGAUUUUAUGCUCUUAAAAGAAAAGAUCAGUAGUAAAUGUUAAAGGUGUAACUUAAAAACUAUUUUGCAGUAAACAACUUAAUUAUACAAGGUGUUUCCACAGUAAUCGAAUAUUAUUUCGUGUGAUUUGUCAUUAAUGUGAUAAUAUGUAGAAUUUUUGUUGCUUAGGAUGGAGUUAAACUUGGUAUCCUUAUUAAAGUAUGACAGUAUUAC